ACGGACCCGGUGGAUGCAGCAGUUCCAGAGGCGUGGAUUCCCACUGUUGUCUCCUCCAGGACGAAGCCGGCUCUUGCAGCAGAGAAAUGCGGCGCUAGCCCGCUGUCCGGCCGGCACAGAAAAAGAUGCGCCGUCCGGUGGUUUCUAAUAAUAGCCGAUCUUAUUUUUACCACGCCUUAUUGCAUUAUGGAUGCCUGUGGAAUGGCGUCCCUUCGAGGUAGCGUGGGAACGUCUCAGUGAGUCUGUCUCGGGGCUAAAUGCUCCAGCAUCCUCCCGAGCGCCAGAGCCAAUCACCCAGAGGAGGAUCCGCCGCGCCUAGCCCGAGUCCAGGCUCCUGUGCGGCGGGGAUGCGUCUCUUCUAGCCGCCGCUGACGCCUUGGUUCCCCCCCUGCACAUGCCGGAGCGCGAUGCGGGAGUAUAAGGUGGUGGUGCUUGGCAGCGGCGGCGUGGGCAAGUCCGCCCUCACCGUGCAGUUCGUCACCGGGACAUUCAUCGAGAAGUACGACCCCACCAUCGAGGAUUUCUACAGAAAGGAGAUCGAGGUGGACUCCUCCCCGUCCGUGCUGGAGAUCCUGGACACGGCCGGCACCGAGCAGUUCGCCUCCAUGCGGGACCUGUACAUCAGGAACGGCCAGGGCUUCAUCCUGGUCUACAGCCUGGUGAACCAGCAAAGUUUCCAGGACAUCAAGCCCAUGAGAGACCAGAUCAUCCGGGUCAAGAGGUACCAGCAGGUGCCCGUGGUGCUCGUGGGCAACAAGGUGGACCUGGAGGAGGAGCGGGAGGUGUCCCCCAGCGAGGGCCAGGCGCUCGCCGAGGACUGGGGCUGCCCCUUCAUGGAGACGUCGGCCAAGAGCAAGACCAUGGUGGACGAGCUGUUCGCCGAGAUCGUCAGGCAGAUGGACUUCUGCCCCCUGCCGGACCGGAGGGAGGCCUGCUGCCCCGCCUGCAGCGUCCAGUAGCGGCCCCGUUGGCCUGCUGGAGGGGGGGGGCGGGAGCUAGGAAGAGGAUGGACUCAUCGUUAGCUAGAAUGAAGAUGGAAGGGGGGGGGGGGGGGUUCAAAAGCAAAAACACCUGCUCUUGCUUCACUUAGUUUGAUCUAAAAGUUCAGGCCUUUGAGUUGGAAACGUAGGAAAUCAUGUAGCAGAGGUAGACAACCUUCAACUUUCAUUACUGCUCCUCACACAGGGCGGAUUCCCCCACUUGACCUCCCACGUCCACCACCGUCCCCGUCUCAGUCCCCCCCCACCCACUGAUUUUACAAGGUUGAACUUUCCUGGGUUUCCCAAAGGCAGCACGGUGCCAAAACCAUCUCCAAAGCCAAAGUGGCUCAACGCUUCUUGGGGGAACCAGCCAUAGCUCUGAGCAGGGACGGCGGCAACCCCCGUUUUUUUUUUUUUUCUUCUGCUUGUGUCUUUUCUUUUUUGCACUUUGGAGACUUGUUGUGACGGUGCAAGAACAAUCACCGGGUAUCUGAGGGGAUGUCACCACUGUGAGGGAGUCGUGCAGCGGGCCCGCCUGAUGACGAAUGAAUGAACAGAUGAACGAAUGUCUUAACAAAGAAAAGAAAAAGGAAACAGCACCUUUGGGGGAAACUCACCCGGAAGAUCCCAAACGUCGACCUACUUGCGGAGGGUGUGUGCAUGGAGUCGUACCGUCACCACGCUGACAUCCAGUACAAUCAAUCUCACCCAAAGAGAUGGCGACCGGUCGAGCGAGCGAGCGGCCGGUCGCCGGGACGGUUGUCUUUACACUUUACAGACGAUACAAAUGCCUUGUUUCAUUGUGUGGAGUGAAUCGGUGUCAGUGUGUAGUUCAUUUUAUCUUUCAUCACGUCAGAAAUGUCCGUGGGUCAAUGUCAGAAACACUUAUUUUCAACAAAAAUAAACCUUU